CAGAACCCCGGCUCACAGUGCCGCCCCGGCCCGGAGACGUCCCCCAAACCGAAGCUCGGCCAGUCGCUUGCUUCCCGCCUGGAGCCAGCGUGGACCUCCGGCAGAGCGGCCCGGGGUCCGGUCAUGAGCGCCCAGGAGCCCCCGCAAGGUCGUCGAUUCCCCAUUGAAGCCGGAGACUCCCCCGGCCUGGCCACGACGGCCCCCGAGACCCAGGACACCCCGGACCCCGUGGCCACGGAGCAUCCCCCGGUCAGGCCACUGAGACGCUGCCCGGGCUGCCACUGCCUGACGCUGCUGCACGUGCCCAUCGACGUGUACCUGGCAAUGGGCGGGAGCCCCCGGGCCCGUGCCACCUGAGUGCCCCUGCACAGAAGCACCGCUGAGUCGGGAGGAAGGACGGGCCGGCGCCGAGGCCCCGCAGCCUGCCGAGCACGAGACAAUGCUGCACAUUUUAAAAUAAAAGAAUGAUGCACAUUUUAAUAGAA